CACAUGAUUUUCAACAUGUUGCCAACCAAUGUCAGGACGCUAAUUCAAAUGCUAGCUGUUUUCUUUGGGAUUUCGCUUUGUCAAGCAGUAGACAAAGUUGAUUCACGCCCAAAUAUCAUUUUCGUCUUGGCUGACGACUAUGGCUUCAACGAUGUUGGUUAUCAUGGGUCAGAAAUCAAAACACCAAAUCUUGAUAAACUGGCCAGUGAGGGUGUAAAGUUAGAAAAUUAUUACGUGCAACCAAUAUGUACACCCACCAGAUCCCAGCUUCUGUCUGGAAGGUAUCAGAUUCAUACUGGAUUGCAGCAUGGAAUUAUAUGGCCACUACAACCAAACGGUUUACCUUUAGACAGUCCAACCAUAGCUGAUAAAAUGAAACAAGCUGGUUACUCUACUCAUGCAGUUGGAAAAUGGCAUGUUGGAUUUUAUAAGAAGGAAUAUUUGCCUACAAGCAGAGGGUUUGACUCAUAUUAUGGCUAUCUUACUGGUUCAGAAGAAUAUUUUAAGCACUCAAGAUGUUAUGGCGGAUAUUGUGGAAUGGAUCUCCGUGAUAACACAAAACCUGCAAGUGCCGAUGGGAAAUACUCAACACACUUAUUCAGUGAGAAAGUCACAGAUAUAGUGAACAAUCAUAAUUCUGAUCAGCCAUUGUUUAUUUACCUUCCAUUCCAAGCAGUACAUUCUCCAUUACAAGUACCAGAUGAGUAUGUCAUUCCCUACAAUAAUAUUAAGGACAGGAACAGGAGAUUAUAUGCAGGUAUGGUAUCAGCAAUGGAUGAAGCUAUUGGUAAUAUAACUCAGACAUUUAUACAGAAAGGAAUAUGGAACAACACACUACUUGUAUUUUCUACUGACAAUGGUGGACAAAUCCUUUCUGGAGGAAAUAAUUGGCCAUUGAGGGGAUGGAAAGCCUCAUUAUGGGAAGGUGGAAUGAGAGGAGUUGGAUUUGUUCAUGGUAAUAUGCUUAAAAACAAAGGGACCAGUUCUAAAGAAUUGAUGCAUGUUACAGACUGGUACCCUACACUGAUUGGUCUUGCUGGGGGAGAUCUAAAUGGAACAAAACCUCUGGAUGGCUAUGAUCAGUGGAAAACUAUCAGUGAAGGCAUUGAAAGUCCUAGAAAGGUUCUUCUCCAUAACAUAGACCCAUUAUUUCAUAGAGUUGGUGAACCAGCAUACAAUGGCACAUUUGAUAGUAGAGUAAGAGCUGCCAUAAGAUACAAAGAUUGGAAAUUAAUUACAGGGAAUCCAGGAAAUGGUAGUUGGAUACCCGAACCAACCUCACAUCUAUCUGCUAUAUACCAGUAUGAAAGUGAGAGGAAAAAUCUCUGGCUGUUUAAUAUCGCUGAAGACCCAAAUGAACAUAUCGAUUUAUCCAAUAAAUAUCCAGAUAUUGUUAAGACAAUGUUAGACAUGUUACAAAGUUUUAACAAUACUGCUGUCCCAUGCCGAUAUCCUAAGGAAGAUAGAAGAGGCAAUCCUGACCUUCUUGAUGGCUACUGGGGACCGUGGAUGUAAUAUCAUAGCUUAAAUGUUUUGUGUUAAAAAUCCAGGACUUGUGCAAUAUGUUUCAUUCACUCGAAACAGUUUUUAUUGACUGUUAAGGUGUUUGCUAUUCUAAAUUACAUAAACCUUAUAUUUACAUUUAAUAGGAUAAAUAGAUUUGGUGUGCUUAUUCUAUGACAGAGUAAAGAAAUUGUUGUAGUUAUUUUAUCAUCUGUUUGCUUCAUCGAGGUGAUGGUAAAAUGUUUGAACAUUUUUUUCCUAUCUUUUGAAUGAAUCUCACUUAUAUAUGUCAAUACAUUCCUUAUAUUUACUCUAUGCAUUUUUAGCUCACCUGACCUGAAAGGUCAAGUGAGCUUUUCUCAUCACUUUGCGUCCGUCGUCCGUCGUCCUGCGUCCGUCGUCCUGCGUCCGUCGUCCGUCGUCCGUCGUCCGCAAACUUUUACAAAAAUCUUCUCCUCUGAAACUACUGGGCCAAAUGCACCCAAACUUAAACACAAUCAUCAUUCAAGUAUCUAGUUUAAAAAAUGUGUCCGAUGACCCCGCCAACCUACCAAGAUGGUUGCCAUUGCUAAAAAUAGAACAUAGGGGUAAAAUGCAGUUUUUGGCUUAUAACUCAAAAACCAAAGCAUUAAGAGCAAAUCUGACAUGGGGUAAAAUUGUUCAUCAGGUCAAGAUCUAUCUGCCCUGAAAUUUUCAGAUGAAUCGGACAACCCGUUAUUGGGUUGCUGCCCCUGAAUUGGUAAUUUUAAGGAAAUUUUGCUGUUUUUGGUUAUUAUCUUGAAUAUUAUUAUAGAUAGAGAUAAACUGUAAACAGCAAUAAUGUUCAGCAAAGUAAGAUUUACAAAUAAGUCAUUAUAACCGAAAUUGUCAGUUGACCCCUUUAGGAGUAAUUGCCCUUUAUAGUCAAUUUUUAACCAUUUUUCGUAAAUCUUAGUAAUCUUUUACAAAAAUCUUCUCCUCUGAAACAACUGGGCCAAAUUAAAUUAAACUUGGCCACAAUCAUCAUUGGGGUAUCUAGUUUAAAAAAUGUGUGGCGUGACCCGGCCAACCAACCAAGAUGGCCGCCACAGCUAAAAAUAAAACAUAGGGGUAAAAUGCAGUUUUUGGCUUAUAACUCAAAAACCAAAGCAUUUAGAGCAAAUCUGACAUGAAUUAAAAUUGUUUAUCAGGUCAAGAUCUAUCUGCCCUGAAAUUUUCAGAUGAAUCGAACAACCUGUUGUUGGGUUGCUGCCCCUGAAUUGGUAAUUUUAAGGAAAUUUUGCUGUUUUUGGUUAUUAUCUUGAAUAUUAUUAUAGAUAGAGAUAAACUGUAAACAGCAAUAAUGUUCAGCAAAGUAAGAUUAACAAAUAAGUCAACAUGACUGAAAUGGUCAGUUGACCCCUUUAGGAGUUAUUGCCCUUUAUAGUCAAUUUUUAACAAUUUUUCGUAAAUCUUAGUAAUCUUUUACAAAAAUCUUCUCCUCUGAAACUACGUUGCCAAAUUAAACCAAACUUGGCCACAAUCAUCAUUUGGUUAUCUAGUUUUAAAAAUGUGUGGCGUGACCUGGUCAACCAACCAAGAUGGCCGCCACGGCUAAAAAUAGAACAUGGGGGUAAAAUUCAGUUUUUGGCUUUUAACUCAAAAACCAAAGCAUUUAAAGCAAAUCUGACAUGAAGUAAAAUUGUUUAUCAGGUCAAGAUCUAUCUGCCCUGAAAUUUUCAGAUGAAUCGGACAACCCGUUGUUGGGUUGCUGCCCCUGAAUUGGUAAUUUUAAGGUAAUUUUGCUGUUUUUGGUUAUUAUCUUGAAUAUUAUUAUAGAUAGAGAUAAACUGUAAAAAACAAUAAAUGUCGGCAAAGUAAGAUCUACAAAUAAGUCAACAUGACCGAAAUUGUCAGUUGACCACUUUAGGAGUUAUUGCCCUUUAUAGUCAAUUUUUAACCAUUUUUUCGUAAAUCUUAGUAAUCUUUUACAAAAAUCUUCUCCUCUGAAACUACUGGGCCAAGUUAAUUAUAGAUCGAGAUAAUUGUAAGCAGGAAAAAUGUUCAGUAAAUUAAGAUGUACAAACACAUCACCAUCACCAAAACACAAUUUUGUCAUGAAUCCAUCUGCGUCCUUUGUUUAAUAUUCACAUAGACCAAGGUGAGCGACACAGGCUCUUUAGAGCCUCUAGUUUAAAGACAUCAGAUGGAUUUGAUAAUAUUUUUUAAAAUUUUUUUAUCAGAAUUUUUUUUAUGUUACUUUACAAUUUUCUAUAUCAUAUGUUACUCAAGUAUGGAUUAAAUAAAUAUAUACACAUUU